CAAGGCAGUUUUAGUCUUUGUCUUCCUUUCUGUCAGCGAAGAAGGACAUGAACGGUUUGCUCGUGCAAAAUUGCGUUUUCGUUUGUGACGUUUCAGGCUACACGUCUGUUAUGUUGUUGAAAUUAUGGAGAGCAAAUUUGGUUUGAUUUUCAUCGGUUGUUUAAUUGUCGUGUGCUACUGCAAGAGGUCCUCGGACUUGCCAGAGCGUAAGUACGGCACCUUCUAUCAAAAAUCGGUCGUCGAUGACGACGAUGAUCAGAGACCGGUAGCCGAGAAGCCUUCUGCAAGUUUCCCGGUCAAUAUAGCGGAUCGGAUCCUGGGUGCUCUGAACGACGUCUUCGAGGGGAUGCUGAAGGGGCGGCAGGCCAACGAUCCUUUGGUCCUGUUCGCCAAUGGUCUGAGGUUUGGGCUCUAUAUGAUACUUGGUUACUACGACAGACAGGAUUGCUACCAGCGUUGUUGGUGCACGGCAGGGUCAGUCCUGGGCUUGAUGUCGAAUACCUCUACAGCAGCAUUGCUCGCUGUGAGGUACGUCGCGCCUCCUAGUUGGCACCAUGCAAUCAAUCUUGCAGAAGAAGGCGCGCUUGGAAUCUCUUGCAAUAACUACAGAUGUGGCCCGCAGACAGAUUCUGACCCUCGAGAUAACUUGAAGUAACAACUUUAUGACCAGUUUGGUCGGAACUUCCUCGUUGCUUGGUUAAUGUAACGCAAGCCGCCUGUUUCCGAACCAGUAUAGGUAGCAAGUACUGCAGUAAACGCGCAUCUUUCAAGAUUCUGUAACUGUCGCGUUUUUUGGUGGGGUAAAUAGUAUGGUAAUUUAAAUUAUUGUUCAAUUUUAAUUCCACGACUUUGGUAUCUAUUAGACUCCAAUCGAAGUUUACGGUUACCAGGAACUGCCAAGGCCUUUGGUAAUUAGGCUUAAUUUUUUUAUGUGCCGGUUUUAAUGUAUUUAAAGUCAUAUUUUAUUUUUGUAAGUUUAAUUGUAUAUGGAUAAAAUAAACAUUGAAAGAGACUUU